UGUCAGCGCCCAUGAAACACAUGUAUUGCUAGGCAGAGUGGCAAAACGCGGGAAUGUUUAAAAAUGUUCGGGCGAAAGCGUAGAAAUUUGGAGAUCUAGAUCUACAUGAGCAUCAUACAUCAAACAAAUAUUUGCAAUGUCUGAAAUUAAGAGUAGAAAAAACAUUCCAGUUCUCAUUGUUGAGGAUCAUCAUGAGGUUGUUCCCCACAUUCAUCGAAAUAUUGGAUCGAAACACCUCCCAUUCAGUGACCUAACCUUGGUCCAUUUUGAUUCUCAUCCUGAUAUGCUCAUCCCUGUCGACAUGCAGGCUGACACAGUCUUCGACAAGACAGCACUAUAUGAUGCUUUGAGUAUAGAGAACUGGAUCCUACCACUAGUGCAUGCCGGCCACAUCAAGGACAUCUACUGGUUGAAACCACCCUGGUGUACUCAGAUACAAGACAAACAUGUCACAUUUUAUGUCGGCAAAUGUUGUAACACUGGAACCAUCAGAACCACAUGCACAGAGAGCUACUUUGUGAGCGAGACGCUUUAUGUUCCUGAAGCUGAACUAGUGGAGAAGAAACUAGUAUCACUAACUGUCAUCACCGUUGUCCCUGAAAAGUGGUCAAAUGUUGCCACGGUAACAGAAACUUCACAAGUUAGAGUGAACAUUGUAUCAGGAGAAACCGAGUCUGGUAUCCUGGAUAAGAGUCAAUCUCAAGAUGUGAAGACGAAGACCGAGGAUGAAUGCAGUAAUUCGCCAACAUCACCCAAACGGAGAAAGACUGACGAGCUUUUAAAUGAUUACACUGAUAAAAAUAAAUGCUCGGAACUAAACAAAUCUUUAUAUUCUUGCCUAAAGGAACUUGCAGAAAGACUAGACAGUAAACAUUUUAUUCUGGAUAUUGAUUUAGACUUCUACUCCACCAAGAAUCCAUUCCAGGGAAUGUACACAUCACAACAGAUGGCCUUGCUGAAGAGACUGUACAGGUAUUCGGGCCCCGAGGAGGACUCCAGACAGGCUAUACAGAGAUGUGUAUCUCAGAGACAGAUUCAGCUCUCGGAACUGAAGUCGGCCAUCAUGACACUUUCCAAAGAUGCUUCUGCAGAUGUAGAUAUGGAAGCGUCAAGACUGGAGAUGGUGCGCGAACUAGUGUCAAGUUUCCAGAAUUGUGAGCCUGACUUUGAUAUAUUACACGAUGCUGGGUGUACGAUGGACGACACCGAGUUGCCACAUCAUGUCAGCUCGGAGAAGGAGAUAUGUGUCCUGGUACAGGAGACAAAACAGAUACUGGAGGCUUUGCCCAGACCAGCUCUCAUCACCAUGUCCAGGUCGAGUGACGAUGACUACUGCCCACCUGAUCAGGUAGACUACAUUGAGGAGGCCGUGUCACUAGCUCUAGAGGAGGUGUAUGUGUACACUCAGGUCCAACAGCACUACCUGGACACUGAGGACGGACCAGUCGUAGGAACGUCAUGUUGAGCUCAAGAGCAGAUGUAUUCACAGCUCUGCAACCACAUCCACAAACACUGGACACUGAGUACGGAACAGUCGUAGGAACGUCAUGCAGAUGAACACGUCUGCAACCACAUUCACGAACACUGGACACUGCAGAUGGACCUUGUCACUGAUGUCGCAUCACAUUGGCUUUCAAGUCAAGUCUAAAUAGCCCAAAUGUUCAGACUCAUUCAGACCACUACUGAUAAUCUUGAGCGAUAGUUUGUAAACUGACACUUUGUCAGGGUGUGUGGAAUCCUGCUUUGAUAUUAGGGAAACAGAUGUGGAUUAUUUUUCAUCAUCCUGCAUGAGAGUAACAACUCAAUCUCAUUAAAAUCAGAUCUUAAUUAGUGCUCACUACAGAAAGAUCUGAGGACAUCCCAUUACAGGUCACGUAAGAAAGACCUUUCAUCCUACAAAUCCGAAUGGCACUCACUGUUGUUGUUUUGAUUUUAUUUUCAAAAUAAAAUAAAUACAUUUACACUGAAUAUAAAAAAGUAUAUAUUCCUUUGUCAAGGUGAGUUUGUCCCUUUUUGAUAAGAAAAAGGGGAUAAUUUGUCUAAAAACAGGUCUGAAAUUCAGUUAUUAAAUUCCAACAGACUUGUUCCAGCAAGAAUAAAACCAGUGAGUGUUCAGACCAAUGAGUGAGUGAGUGA